CAUGUGGUGCGCGAGCCCGGCUGCCUUGGUGGCCUUUUGCGCCGGGUUUUGGGUCUCUAACCUGGUGCCAGCGCGGGGCGAGGGGGCCGACUGUGAAGUGUGUAAAGAAUUCUUGAGCCGAUUCUACAAUUCCUUGGUAGCCAGAGGAGUUAACUUUUCACUGGACACCAUAGAAAAAGAAUUGAUCAGCUUUUGCUUGGAUGUCAAAGGAAAAGAAAACCGCCUGUGCUAUUAUCUAGGAGCCACAAAAGACGCAGCCACAAAGAUCCUAAGUGAAGUCACUCGUCCCAUGAGCGUGCAUAUGCCUGUAAUAAAGAUUUGUGAGAAGCUGAAGAAGAUAGACAACCAGAUCUGUGAAAUGAAAUAUGAAAAGAAACUGGACUUGGCCUCUGUCGACCUGUCGAAGAUGAGGGUCGCGGAGCUGAAGCAGAUCCUGCAGAGCUGGGGCGAAGAGUGCAGGGCGUGCGCGGAGAAAACCGACUUCGUGCGUCUGAUCAGGGAGCUGGCCCCCCAGCAUGCCGCCGCGCUCCCCAACACCGAGCUGUGACCGCGGGCGCGGGCACACCGCCACUGUGCUCCGAGAAGAAGGGACGCUCGGGGGUAUGGACAUGCUGGUUAAGGAAAACCAGGAAUUGCAAUGUGUUUGGUCCCAUCCAUUUGUCCCCAGUAUUAUACUUCAGAAUUCUGUUACCUGGGUUUAUGAGCAACACUACUAAUAUUACUGAUAUCUUAUAUUUGCAGUGUACGAAAACCGUAAAGUGCCUUUCCUGUAGUUUUCUUGGAAGGACUAUGUAAGUUAUUGCCUGUCUCCUAAAAUUGGGAAAUGUGAACUACUGAAAAUUGAUGAAUUGGAUUCUAGGAGGGAAGAGGUUUCAGAGCCUCUUCUCUGUACAUGGUUUUUAAAUGAAAUACAUUGGAUUAGGACAAAAACAGUAGUUAGCUUAUCUAAUGCACUACUUCAACCCCACAUAAUAACCUAACAUCAUCAAAAGGGUUUUUUUU